AAGAUCAUUCAAGCAGACACAUGUUAUUACCAAAAUCUGAUGGUAGUUUUAUUGUAGAUGCAAAUAAAAUUUGGAAAGAAUGUGUGAGUGAAAUCUUUCAGUUUUGCAAAUCUAAUGAUUUACUUCGGCUAUGGACGUAUCUCUGGAAAGAAUG